GGUUGUGGGAUGUUGUGCUGAUCAAUUACAGAGGCUGUUUUAGGAAAGAAGUUGUGCCGAUCUGUUAAAGCUGCUUUUGAGGGACAGGGGCUGUUUGGCAAUGACAAGUUGUGCUGAUCCAUUACAAGGAUUUCCAUUGGAAACAAGAUAUGCUUAUCCAUUACAAGUGCUGUUGGGGAAGAGAAGCUGUGUUGAUCCAUUUGGGGGAAUAUAGGAUGGAAUUACGAGCAUUUUGUGUCAUUCUCUUGAUCACAGUCCUGGCCGUGAGUUCACAAGCAGCAAAGAACAAAAAAGAGAAGGGUAAGAAGGGGGCGUCAGACUGCACAGAGUGGACCUGGGGGAGCUGUAUCCCCAACAGCAAAGACUGCGGAGCUGGAACUCGGGAGGGAACAUGCAAAGAGGAGACCCGUAAGCUGAAGUGCAAGAUUCCCUGCAACUGGAAGAAAGCCUUUGGGGCUGAUUGCAAGUACAAAUUUGAGAACUGGGGAGAGUGCAAUGCCACCACUGGCCAGAAGGUGCGCUCUGGAACCCUAAAGAAGGCUCUGUAUAAUGCCGACUGCCAGCAAACCGUGGAAGCCACCAAGCCCUGCUCCCUGAAAACCAAGUCCAAAUCCAAAGGCAAGAAAGGCAAAGGGAAGGAGUAGAAGAGCAUAGAAGCCAUAGCCGGACCAUUUUCUGCAACCUGCACUCCUCUUACCCCCCUAUUUGUCAUGGAAUUCCCUUCUUUACAAUCUGUCUCCAAAUGCACUCUCUGCCCCUCCCCUCUCGAGACUGAUGUUUUUUAAUCACUAAUUUUUUUAGGGAAAAAAAAAGAUAAGGAAUCUAAGAAAAGAAACAGCCACUCUGCCUGUCUCGACUCCCAUGGCGCCACACUAUAUACCACUACGCCCCCCCCUUUCUCCGUGCUUUUGUGGCUUGUUAUAUUUCUGUAUUUUUUAGGAAGAUUACUUUUGGAUUUGCUUUUUUUUAAUAAAUGUACAGUUUGAAUUUGUA